AUGGAUAUACAAUCACUGAAGUAUUGGCUGGUGGUGACCGAUCAUCUCAUGACUCAUGACAAGACAUCUUUCAAAGAAUUACUUGCACGAAUUUCUACAGCGCAGAAUUCGGCUCUUUCAAGUUUAAUAUCGAGCAAAGAAGUUGAGUAUGAGAUGCGUGCGCAGGCCCUGAAACGAUUGGCAUUCAUAAUUCUAAGCUCGGAGCUUGGACAGUAUCAAGCGCAAUUGCCUGAUAUUCAAGAACGCCUGUCGGAUAAUUUGCGUUUGUCGCAAGUUCCAAUUGUUCAUGCGCAAGUGUUCUUGUGCUAUCGGGUUUUGUUGAUACGACAAAAGCCCCAGCACCUCGUAAGCAUAUGGCCUUCAAUGGUUACGGAAUUGGUGAGUCUAUCUUGA